GCAUGUUUUGGCUUGCAAACUUGGUUACACUUUAAUUUCUGUGCAAACAUAACCCUUUGCUUGCACCAUCGCUCUGUGCCUCUUCUCUGAUGAGCUGAGAUCGAUGUUGGACCGAGGUCAACAGGUGGAACAAGAAGGAUUCAUUUUGCAUGCCACAAAAGUGUGUGAAUUGCACUUUUUUAUUCGAAUACCAUUGAGCCGACUUCACUGACUGUGUUACAGCUUCCUGCAUAUAGCUAUGGACCGAAAAAUUAAUUGGCUGUUCCUUAUCCUGCUGUAUGGGGCUAUUGAAAGCAGUGAGGGAUGCUACUGUGACCGUUAUCCGUGGACCUCCUGGUCUAGCUGUUCAAAGAGCUGUAAUUAUGGGACUCAGAGUAGGCAUAGGCAAAUACAGGUGGAUGAGUACUAUCUCAAAAACUUCUGUGGGCAAAUUUGCUCCAAUCAGGAAUCCAGGGCCUGCAACCAACAGAUGUGUCCAAUCAAUUGUCAGCUUGGAGACUUUGGCUCUUGGUCUGAAUGUGACCCAUGUAUUAAGAAACAAUUCCGUACCAGAUCCCUGGUCCAACCUUCUCAGUUUGGGGGACAGCCCUGUAGCGGGCAACUGGCAGAGUCCCGGAGAUGCUACCCAACUAAACUUUGCAAAAUUGAGGAAGUCAACUGUGAGAAUAAAUUCCAGUGUGAUAAUGGUCGGUGCAUCAGCCGAAACUUGGAAUGCAAUGGAGAAAAUGACUGUGAGGACAAUUCAGAUGAAAGGAACUGCCGACGAGUACAGUCCUUGUGUAACAGAAGGCACGAGAGCAUUCCUGGGGCACAAUUAAUGGGGCAUGGAUUUAACCUUCUGGCAGGAGAGAAUCGAGGAGAAGUCCUCGGUAAUUCUUUCUAUGGGGGCAAAUGCACACUCAUCAGAAGCAAUGACACAAGGAAAAUAUUCCGUGUUCCUGCAAACUUGGAAACGAUAAGCUUUCAGGUAGAGAAUAAAGAAGAUGAGGUGGUGUCUGAUUUUUACAAAAGCUUACUCCCCCUAGAAUCUGAGACCUCUAGACACACAUCUCACUCCGGCUCUAGCAGAAGAUCUUCUGGAAUCCCAUUCCUAUUCUCCAAGAAAAAGAAAGUCAAGAUCACGUCCUCGUCCUCCUUCAAGGAAGCUGUGAAAGCUUCCUAUAAAAAGGACUCAAGUUUUAUCAGGGUCCAUCAGAUUAUUUCAGUGUUAAACUUCACUAUGAAAGAGUCCAACCUUCAGCUCUCAGGCGUGUUUCUAAAAGCCCUCAACAGUCUGCCACUAGAAUACAACUAUCCUCUCUACAGCCGGAUAUUUGAUGACUUUGGAACUCAUUAUUACACUUCUGGUUCCAUGGGAGGCACCUAUGAUCUCCUCUAUCAAUACAGCGCUGAAGAACUGAAAAAUUCAGGUUUGACACAAGAAGAAGCAAAUGAGUGUGUCCGGACCGAAACAACCAGGCGGAUCUUGUUCAAAAAGAAGAAGAAAGUGCAUACAAGAUGCACAAACAAUAAAAUGACAGCUCGCCAUGAAGGUUCAUUUCUGCAGUCUUCUGAAAAGUCGGUAUCAUUAGUAAAAGGUGGGAGAUCGGAAUAUGCUGCAGCACUUGCCUGGGAAAGAAAGGGAGCAUUGCCAGAACACAUUGCAUAUACCAAUUGGUUGGAAUCAACUAAGGAGAACCCAGUUGUCAUUGACUUCGAGUUGGGUUUAAUUGUGGAUUUGGUGAAGAACAUUCCGUGCGCAGCAACCAAACGACAUAACCUCAGAAGAGCUCUUAUUGAAUACAUGGAGCAAUUUGAUGCCUGCCGGUGCACUCCAUGCCCCAACAAUGGCCGUCCAGUGCUGUCAGGAACCGAGUGUCUCUGUGUGUGCCAACCUGGGACUUAUGGGGAUAACUGUGAGCUGCGAGCACCUGAUUACACAUCCACUGCUGUGGAUGGUUACUGGAGUUGCUGGUCUGCAUGGAGUGCCUGCGAUGCCUCCCAGAAAAGACGCAGGACCCGUGUGUGUAACAAUCCCUCUAAUCUAAAUGGGGGGAAACCUUGUGAAGGUCAACAAGAACAAGAGGAAGAGUGCUAUCCCUUCUUAUUUGCUGACAAGGGAGCUUUAUGUAUAAGUGAUGAUGAAUUUAAAAAGGAGACAGACAUUUUCGUCAGCCAACCUGAAUCUGGAUGUCUUAAGCCAGAUCCACCAGAACAUGGAUUCAUCAGGAAUGAAAAGAAUUAUUAUGCAGUGGGAGAAGAUGCUGAAGUUGUGUGCUUAAGUGGAUACAGUCUGGUGGGAUAUCCAUUCUUACGAUGUUUGCCUGAUCAAACAUGGGCACAGCAGGCGGUCACAUGCCAGUUGUCUGCCUGUUCCAGACCUGCAGCAUCUCAGGAUGUCUCCAUUUCCCCAUUUAAAAUUGAAUACACAAUUGGGGAAACUAUCCAGCUAAAGUGUCCUGCAACCUUUACCCUAGCUGGCCAUACACAGUACACUUGUGGGAAAGGCCCCUCCUGGAAGCCCCCCAUUUUGGCACCACUUACGUGUGUGAGAGGUGAUUUUCAAGCUCAAGGCAGCUGCAGCCCAGGCCAAAAACAGGCUGGAUCCCAUUGUGUGUGCAUGUCCCCAGAAGAGGAUUGUGGCCAUUCUUCUGAAGAUGUUUGUGUACUGGAUGGAGCUUCAGAACAAGCUCUGACCAAGCCCAGCUGCCAAUUCUUGGCAGAAAAGUGCACAGAUGAACAUUCAUUCCAUUUUCUGCACGCUGGCCCCUGCCGCAGUGACAGUGACUUGAGCUGGCCUAUGGAAAGGAUCAGAAUCUCUUCGGGCAGCAUCAAGAGGGAACCCUGCGGCUAUGAUGUGUGCUAUGACUGGGAGAAAUGCUCAGAGUCACGAGGCGAAUGCUUCUGCCUAUUGCCUAACCAGUGUCCACGUGGGGAUGAAGGGAACCUUUUCUGUACCCAGAUUCGGUCCAGAAAUAUGACAGCCAACCUCUGCCUCCUGGGGGCAAUGAAGUGCUCCAAAAGGAACAUUGAAGUAUUACAUGAAGGAAGCUGUAUGGAGUGAGAGCCACUGAGUGAAGUAUCUGCAGCUUUCAUGGCUACGUUUGGCUGGGUUCUGGUUUUUAGGACUGAGCAUCCACCUUUCUAUCUGCAUCCGUAUUUCUGAUUCCAGCAAAAUGGAAGCUCACAUGCAGGUGAGGGCCAUCUAUGCUAGAAACACCUUUUCAUCAGCUAACUGCCCCUGCACCUGUGUGGACUGCUUUUCCCCAGAAGACAACCAACACCCAUUCUUAGCAAACUGGGGUUGAAUUACAAUGUCUCUGGGCAUUUAUAUGAUGUUCUUCCUCUCACACGAACCAACUGUAUUUAAAAUCAAAACAAAAAUCUCAAAGGGCAAUGUCUAGGAGAAGAAUAUUAAAAACAGUGAAUGUACAGGUAUAACAAAAAUACCAAACAGCAGAAAUAUGAUGAAAUUCAGACCAACUGGCAAUGCCAGCACAAACCAUUUUGACGCCCAAAUCAGACCCCAAAUGCUCAUUUCUGUCCUCUUACCAAUGGUAGUCCUUUACAAAACCGUGCUGUGCCAUGUGGAUCCCAGUCCAAAAGUUUGGAAACACUCACUUUGGACUACAGUUCCCAGAAUCCUUAGUUGGUGUGGCUAGCUAGGUGGGUGGUUAUGGAACUUGUAGCUCUCUCUACCUCUCUGCUAGUUGCAAUCCCAGGAUGACCCCAGAAGAAAGAAAUGGUAAACCUU